AUGGAAUUUGAUACAAACCUUAAAAAAAUGUUACACCAAAUUGCUGUUAAUACUGGUAUUAUUCUUGCUGAUUGUAAGAUCACAAAUAAUAGUGCAAGACGAACUGCUAUUAUGCUUCUAAAAGCAUCUGAUACACCUGAAGAUGAAUUAAUGGCUUUUUCAGCAUCACUUAUACUAUUUGCAACAAUUGAGAAAGAUCUAGAAGAAUAUUAUAAUUACUUUGGAGAAUCUUAUAUUAUAUAUAAAUCAGAAGAAAAUAAUUCGAAUACUG